AUGGGUAAUUCAUUGGGGAUCAUAAGCGAAGACGAUGACCACCUAUUUGACAUACGCGACGAGGGAUUUGGAUACAAUAUUAUCAAUUUAACAGUGGAUGCCAUGGAUUUGCACUUUCGUCAACCAAACAAUCACCCAAAUAAUCUGCCAGUGUGUGAAAAGCCAAACGUAGAUAAAUUUCAAUACACAGAUAUGUACAACGAGGUGAAAGCGCGUUGCAGCAUGAUCACCAAGCCAACGGAAAAGCGCUGGAACUUAAUGCAAGCCCUACAAAUGAGAGAAAAUGGUCUAGCAUAUCCUGGCAGCGACUCUUUCUCGCCAAAUCAACAACGUUAUUUCUCUAACAUGUAUAUACCGAACCAUAGAUCAAUGCGUUUAAUGUCGCUCGAUGCCAAAGUGUUUGUGUCCAAGUUCAAUAAGACGGGCACCAAGCUCUUAACAGCGUGUCAAGAUGGCUUUGUGCGCAUUAACGAUGGCUCCAAAGGAACUUAUCAUCUGCUGAAUAGAAUAAAUGCCCGCGAUGUACAGUGGAGCAUUACAGAUGCGGACUUUAGUCCGAAUGGCCGGCAUUUCGCCUACUCCACUUGGUCACGUUCUUUUUUUAUAAUGCCUGUUGAUGGCUCCGGGGAUGAUUGCCAAUGGAUCGAUGUGAACGAUACUUCGAGCAGUCGCGUUGCUAUUUUCUCGAUUCGUUAUUCGCCAACGGGCGAUAAGAUUAUUGGUGGCAGUAACAAUUCCACUGUGAUUAUUGGAGAUGUGGAGACACGCGCUACACAGAUCCUACGCACCCAUCGCAUGCCCCUACCGGACGUGAAUGCCGUUGCUUAUGUUAGUGACAGUGAUCCGAAUGUGAUAAUAGCCGGUUGUGAUGAUGGCCUGUUAAAGGUUUACGAUUUACGCACCUCGUUUCGCAGCCGCAACCUGUCCAAAAGUGUUGUGUCAUUUAUUGGACACUUUGAUGGCAUUACCUAUAUUGAUUCACGCAAUGAUGGCUACCAUGUGCUCUCCAAUUCCAAGGACCAAAGUAUCAAAAUCUGGGAUAUGCGCAAGCCAAGCAAUCUGCGAAACCGCAGCAGUGCCCGGCAACAUCAGCUGUCAAUGACUUCAUGGGACUAUCGUUGGGAUCGUGUUCCACGCGAAUUUUACAAUCCAAGAAAAGCUUUAGAUGGUGAUAGCAGCAUUAUGACUUAUCGUGGACAUCGUGUUAGUAAAACGCUGCUUCGCGCAAAAUUUUCACCCAUGGAGCAAACAGGACAACGUUUCAUAUACACGGGCUGUGCCACAGGCCGCAUAAUAAUUUAUGAUGUGCUGACGGGGAAGAUACGUGAGGCUAUUGAGGGACAUAAGAACGUUAUACGAGAUCUGGACUGGCAUCCGGUGCGCUCUGAAAUUGUAUCCAGCUCGUGGGAUACGCAUGUUAAUCUGAACAAUUAUAAUAGAAAUAUAGCGACCCAGAGCUUGAAACGUCGUCGCAGUCAAACCCGUGAUAAUCGCCCGUUGCGUCGUUCGCGUCGAUUAGCUAAUCGGAAUAAUGCACCUGAGUAGAAGGCCUUUGAUAUUUGCUUAUUGUAUAGCUUUAAUAAUUAACAAUUAGUAAUUAGAUAUAGAACUUGUUCAAAUGUUAAACCAUACCUCUGCGAGUGACACGUUCAU